CUGUCUGACCACCAUAACCCCUCACCAGAUUUCAAGCAUAGAGGGAGGAGAAAAGAAGCUUUGGUCUUAAUUACAUGGUUUUUUUCUUAUAUCAAAUAUUCAGUGACCAGGCGUGGAGAAAAGGAAAAACAAUUUAAGAUUUUUGUGUUUCUUGUGUUUUGAUGUGUGGUGGGGUUUUGGAAGGGUUUGAGAGAGAGAGAGAGAGAAAGGGAGAGAGAGAGAGGAAAGGCAUGGUCUUUCUUAAUACACAGAUCCCCAUGGAAUGCAGAAUGGUCGUCUAGCAUAUUUCGCUUGUUGUUGGAAGAGCUCAUUCUUUUUGUUAGUUUAAAGGGACUUGCUUUGGUCUCUUUCUUUCUACAAGCAAGAGUGAGAGAGAGAGAGAGAGGGAGGUGCAUAGAUUCUUGUGUUCUUCCUUGCCAUGAGUGCUGCAGCUACAAAACAAAAGGCCCGUUUCGAAAUGGUGGGAAGUAAGAAGAGUUGGGGAGAGAGAAUGAUUAGUUUUUUAAGUGUUUUCCAAUGAUUGAGAUGUCUCUCUGAAGAUCUCCUUAGGGCGGAGAGAGAGAGAGAGAGAGAGAGAGAUAUGAAGCCCAUGAACACAAAUAACUGGCUGGGAUUUUCACUCUCUCCUCACAUGAAUAUGGAUGUCUCUACAGACCCAAAUCACCAUCAUCAUCAUCAUCAACCACAGUCUGCAGCAGCAGCAGCUGUUUCUUCUGCUGGAAUUCCUUCCGGCUUCUUUCUCUCUCCUCACCAUCACCAUCCUCAGCUCAACACCUCUAGCUUAUGCUAUGGUGUUGAAGCACCAGCUGAAAAUGGGGCCUUCUACUCUCAGCUGUCUGUCAUGCCACUGAAAUCGGAUGGCUCUCUUUGCAUCAUGGAAGCUCUUACAAGAUCCCAACAAGAAGGAAUGGUGCCAUCCUCAUCACCAAAACUAGAGGAUUUCUUGGGUGGGGCAACCAUGGGGGCCCACCAGUACGGAUCCACUGACAGGGAAGCCAUGGCUCUAAGCUUGGACAGCAUGUAUUAUCAUCAGCACCAAGAAGCUGAAAACAGCAGACAGCACUCUCUGGAUCUUCUCCACCACCCCUUCAGACAGCAGAUUCAAAUGCAGGAACACCACCCAUACUUCCAGCCUGAGAUGUACCAAACAACAUUAGAUGAGGAAUCAAAAGACCCCCAUCUUUCAGACUGCAGCUUGCAGCUCCCCCAAAUGGCAGGAGAUGGGAUUCCAGGCCUGAAGAGCUGGGUGGCCAGGCAUUACGGUACAAACCCUGCAUUGGAGGAUGAUGGAGGUGGGCCUGGGCCUUUGAGUGCAAUGGGGUAUGGGGAUUUGCAGUCAUUGAGCUUGUCUAUGAGCCCUGGAUCUCAGUCUAGCUGUGUGACAGCCCCCCAACAGCAGCAAAUCACAGCUGGUGGGCCUGAGUGCGUGGCCUUAGAUGGGAAGAAGAGAGGGAGUGGGAAAAUGGGCCAGAAGCAGCCUGUCCAUAGGAAGUCCAUUGAUACAUUUGGGCAAAGGACAUCUCAGUAUAGAGGCGUUACCAGGCAUAGAUGGACUGGUAGAUAUGAAGCCCAUCUGUGGGAUAACAGCUGCAAGAAGGAAGGUCAGACAAGGAAAGGAAGGCAAGUUUAUCUCGGUGGUUAUGAUAUGGAGGACAAAGCUGCAAGAGCUUAUGACUUGGCUGCUCUCAAGUAUUGGGGACCAGCAACUCAUAUCAACUUCCCGUUGGAUAACUAUCGUGAAGAACUCGAGGAAAUGAAGAACAUGAGUAGGCAAGAGUAUGUUGCUCAUUUGAGAAGGAAAAGCAGUGGAUUUUCAAGAGGCGCUUCCAUGUACCGAGGAGUUACAAGGCAUCAUCAACAUGGGAGAUGGCAAGCUCGGAUCGGUCGCGUUGCAGGAAACAAAGAUCUUUACCUGGGGACCUUCAGCACCCAAGAGGAAGCAGCUGAAGCCUAUGACAUUGCUGCGAUAAAAUUCCGUGGGGUGAAUGCUGUCACCAACUUCGACAUCUCGAGGUACGACGUUGAACGGAUCACAUCAAGCAGCACUCUUCUUGCAGGCGAGCUCGCCAAGAGAAACAAAGAGAUUGAAGCUAGCCAUGAGGUUGUUGAUCACCGCCCAUCUACCCAAAACAGCAGUGGGGAAGCCAAUGUAACUGAUGAAAACAACAUCGGUUCGGAUUGGAAGAUGGUCUACGAGUCCUCCCCACAGCAACUGCAGACUGUCGAAACACUGGAUCAGAAACCAAUCAACACCAAGAAUUACAGAACCCCAUCUUUCUCGGCAGCUCUACAUGAUCUAAUCGGCAUAGAUACAGUGAAUUCGGUGGAUGGGAUUGAUGAUUCAACCAAAAUGGCGACGGCCCAUUUAUCCAACUCAUCUUCAUUGGUGACCAGCUUGAGCAGCUCGAGAGAAGGAAGCCCAGAUAAGACGGGCCUUUCGAUGCUGUUUUCGAAGCCGGUGCCUGCCAAAUUCGUGGGUCCUACUCCCAUUGGUUCUUGGAUUCCAUCUGCCCCGAUCAGGCCAGCAAUCUCCAUGGCCCAUAUGCCACUGUUUGCUGCUUGGACUGAUACUUAGCUUCUGUUCUUGGUAGAAAAGCAUGAAAAGAUUUUGCAUGAAGGACAGAGAGAGAGAGAGAACAGAAAUGAAUUGGGAGUGUGGAAAAAAAAAAAAAAAGGAAGAGAGAAGAGGGAAGGUUUAUUAGUUUUGGUUUUUAGUAGCUGUUAGUGGAGAUUGGAGAUAUCAUGAAGGUCAUCAUGGUGGGGCCCACCACUCUCUGUAACAAGAAGUUUGAAUCUUUGAAACUGCUCCUUUUGGCCACAUUUGAAGAUUUUUGCAAAUGGAGCGAAAUGAAAGUUCAAGGAAAUGAUUUUAUUUGAA